AUGAAGUCCAUCUCCUCCAACAAGAGCCCUCUAAGGGACGAGAUCAUCUCCUUCAGCCUUCCCCAGGACAACCAAGACCCCUCCCGAGCGUCAGUCUCGGGUGUCUGGACUUUCAACGACUUUCACUCCCAGUCAGGGUCCCGCAGCUUCGCUCCGUCCCACUCCCACCUGUCCUCCAGCGAGAUCGAGGAGGCUCCCCGUUCUGUAUCGCAGGCCUCGGGCCCGAACGAGUUGGUGUCGUUUGUGGGGGAGCAUGCGAUGAGGGACAAGUAUGUUGCGUACGAGUGCGAGGAGGUGCAGCAGGAGGAGGGGACCUCGUUCUUCCAGCGGCUGAGUCUCUUCAAGAAGGAGUUCCUGGAGAACUGGGAGACUUAUACCAGCAAGACAUGCCUGCUGAUGAUGUGA